AUGUCGGAAUACCUCCGUCAAAUGCAUACGUGGGCCGAUGUCCUUGCCCUUGCACGUAAUCCCUAUCCCGAGUCCCAAUUGAUUACUAAUGUUCUUAAUGGCUUGGAUUCAGAGUAUUUGUCCAUUGUGGUUCAAAUCGAGGCCCAUUCUGACAUGUCGUGGCAUGCUCUCCAAGACAUUCUUCUCAGUUUUGACAGUCGUUUGGAGCGCCUUCAUGCUCUCUCUCCUCCCUCUAAGUUGUUGAAGGAGCUCAGCCCCUCUACUAAUGUGGCCACUCAGUCUACUCCCUCUCCGUCUUGCUCUCCUUCUAGUGGUUGUGCUUCCCCUGGUGGUCGCUCUGAUCGUGGCAGUGGUUCUCGCUCUCGUAGCAGGGGUGGUAAAGGAAAUAGUUCCCGACCAACUUGCCAAGUGUGUGGCAGAUAUGGGCAUUCUGGUAUGGUAUGCAAUAAUCUAUUCGAUGAGUCCUAUAUAGGUUCGGAUCCAAACCAAUCUCAGUCUUCACGAAGCCAAACCCAGCUACUUUUGUUGCCUCUCCGGAAACAGUCGAUCACAAUGCUUGAUAUGUCGAUAGUGGGGCUAGCAAUCACCUCACCGCUGACCUUGCCAAGUUGA